AUUGAACAAAAAAACAACCUGGACCUAUCUUGGUGACUGUGAACUCAUCAAUGUGAAGUGGCGUCCCCGGCGUAUAUUCUAUCUCGCGCUUGUUGAGCAGUUUUCUAGUGGUUGAGUGAAAAAAACAUAAAGAGGACAGGAGAAACAAACAAACGGCAGAGAAAUCAUUAUCGCGAAAUAUGUGGAGAUAACGCGCCACUGAUUGAUUUUGAUUCGGUACUGCCGGAAUUUGAACUAGGUCCGGGGGACUGAUGUACAAAAAGCGAAUCAACUCGUAGAAAUGCGUAGAUUACAACUAAUGGAAUAAAAUUGGGGAUAUUUUUAACUUCUGGGAUGUGCCACCAAAUGAAUUUAGCCGUCCUUCGCUGUUUGAUUAUUUGAUAUUUUGGCAGUUACAUUGAGGAUUUUUUUCCGUAUGAAAGUUACAGAAAUGCUACAUGCACUGUAACAAGCCGAGCCGCUAUCUGUACAGCUCGCCCAAAUUACAUGCCAUACAAUUGCUAAUAACGGUAGCCUCUAAUAACAAGCCCAGCAAUAAUCCAUCAUCCGCCCGCUAGUUGGCUACCAUUGUCCUAUAAAUAAGGCAUGUGAGGUUUCUGUGGUGUCGGUUUUAACUUCUUACGACACAUGGAUCUGUAUUACAACAUCCUGUCACCGCCAUCGCGUGCGAUACUGUUGCUCGGUGAGGCACUGCAGCUAAAGUUCAACCUGAUCAGUCUGGACGUGCACCGAAAGGAUUAUGUCAACCCGGCGUUCAAGAAGAUCAACCCACAGCACACGGUACCGACACUGGUUGUCGAUGGUGUGGCCAUCUGCGAGCCAGGCGCCAUUCUGAUCUACCUGGCAGAGCAGUACGCACCGGCCGGAACCACCUACUAUCCGCCUGAUCCGCUGCGUCGGGCCAUCGUCAACCAGCGAUUGCUGUUCGAGUGCGGCACACUGUACAAGUGUAUCUUUGUGUACUACAGCCCGGUCGUGCUGGAACGGGCCACACCGGUAGAGACCGAUCGCCAAAAGCUGAUCGAAGCGGUUGCCGUGCUGGAUGGAAUUCUGCAGCACAGUGCCUUCGUGGCCGGGGAUUGUCUUACUGUGGCGGACUAUUCGCUCGUGUGCACCGUUUCCAUGCUGGUGGUGCUGAAGUUUGAGCUCUCACCGUAUGCCGCUGUUCGGCGGUGGUACGAGCGGUGCAAGGAAGUGAUUGCGGGUUACACCGACCUCACACAGCGUGCCGUUACAAUGUUCCAAAAAUGGAUGGAGCAGGAAAACAGCAAAAGCUAAUACAUU